CGUUCUCUAUUUAAUUGUCAAAAAGAAUAAUAUUUAUGAAAUUAAUAAUUGCUUAUGUUUUGCAAAGUUUCAAUUUAAAUUUCAGUAGAAUUUAAAACAUUAUUGCACUUGGACUCGAUUCGGCGUUCGGACAGUUUACCGAUUCAAAAUAAAGAGAAUUAGUUAUUUGUAAUAGUUACAACAUGUUUACAUUUACAUCUCGGAUUUUAGCCAGUCGUUUAGCAAAAGAACUGACCCAAUGCUGCGAAAUGAGUCGCAUAACGGCCAACGUGAAGCCCCUGGAACAUGUAAAAUCCGAAUUGAUUCUCACCGAUCGUUGUUCGGAGAGGUUGAAGAAAAUCACCCAGGACAGCCCACAAAGUUUUUUGAGAAUUGGUGUUGAAGGCGGUGGAUGCUCUGGGUUUCAGUACACCUUUGAUUUGGAUACUAAAGUUAAUCCUGAAGAUAGAAUUUUUGAAAAAAACGGGGCGAAAGUAGUUAUUGAUAAUACUUCACUAGAAUACAUCAAAGGCUCAACAAUAGAUUAUCAAGAAGAACUUAUAAAAUCAUCUUUUAAAGUGGUUAAUAAUCCUUUAGCCGAACAAGGUUGUUCAUGUGGCUCUUCUUUUGCAAUAAGACUAGACUAAAGAUAUGUGAUAUUAAAUUAUGUAUGUAUAUAGAUAUAGCCGUAUAAAUUAUGUAUAUAAUAGACAAAUUAGAUGAAUUUUAAAAU